UGGCAGUUAUACCGUCAUCAUUUUAACCACUAUGUACGUCGUUUUCAGGAUGAAUUUCUACCUGAACUGCUUCUCUUUUUUCGAUAUCCAGAAGCACUGACUUUUUAAAAAAAUUCGAUUCCUCCAAGUCAAUUCUUAACUACUUGUUCAGUAGUCUACUUUACAGUUCUUUUUUUGUAACGUAUUUCUUUUCCGGUCAGCUUCGGAACCGGCAAUCUAGCUAAUAAACAACAACAACUUAUUAUAGUGCAAUUACUUUUCAACAGUAUGAUCAUAUUUCUUUCUCUUCAUUCAUCAACGGAAUUCUUUUUUCACAAUCAGCACUGCUAUUUUACAUUACAUGAAAUCAUUAUUUCCAUACAGUGAUCUAUAUAAGAUAUUGAUAAAGAAAGCCAUGCCUCAUAAAUAUGUUGUUUUUUUAAUAAAAUAUUGCACGAAUUAUAUUCGGCUAACCUAGGUUAGAUUAUAAAUCACCAUAAAGUCUUAACCCGCAGAGCUUCAUAUAGAAUCACUAUUAAUGGUGGUAUUCCCGUUGCAUUCUUGCUGAGAUCCGAUCGCGAACGCAGUUUUUUCCCGUGUAACGAAAAAACGCUGGUCUUGGCAAAAUAAAAUCGCGAUCUUAUAAUUGUAAUCGCGUUCCUGAUCAAGUUCGUUAUGAGAUCCCAUUCGAUUUGUGUUUAAAGAGUGUAACGGGAUCGUGGCAGGAUUCUGAAGCACGGAUAUGUAAUCGAGGUAUUCAACGAAAUGAAUCAGCGAUGACACCGACAGAAUGUCUAUGUCCGCCAUCAGCGUGUGAUCAAUAUUGUGUAUUUCAGAUAACAUUUUGA